AUGAAGGAAAUUCUACGUGGGUAUUCAAAUAUUGUUUACCUUAACAAGCACGUAAAGGAAAAGGAAAAAUAUGUAAAUUGCUACAGGAUUGUGAAAACGAUAAGCGAGGGCAAGUUCAGCAAAGUAAUACUUUGCGAAAAGGAUAAUAAGGAGCUAUAUGCACUGAAAAAAUAUGAUAAAAAAUGUUUAGAAAACAAAAGGGAGUUUGAAUUUAGCAAGAGUAAUAAUAAGAUCGUUAUAAAAUCAAAAUACGAUGACUUAAAAAAGGAACUGCAAAUUUUAAUGGACAUAAAAAAUGAAUAUUGUUUAACAUGCGAUGAAAUAUUAACGAAUUAUGACGAAGUAUAUAUUGUAAAUAAAUAUAUGGAAAAUGAGAGCAUAUUAAAAUAUGAACAAUUUUUUUUUGUUUUAGAUAAAAAUGAGUCAAGUUUUAUUCCUUUAUCUGUUAUAAAAUGCAUCGUAAAAAGUAUAUUAAAAUCAUUCUUUUACAUACAUAAACAAAAAAAUAUAUGUCAUAGGGAUGUUAAGCCAUCAAAUAUAUUAAUGAGUAAAAAUGGUUUAGUUAAAUUGGAGGAUUUCGGGGAAUCGGAAUAUAUGACUAAUAACAUGAUCAAAGGCACUAAGGGAACGUACGAAUUCAUGCCACCAGAAUUUUUUACAAGCCUGACUAGUUACUCCGGUGAGAAGACGGAUAUAUGGAGCCUGGGCAUUUGUAUAUUUGCUUUAUUUUAUCGUGUCCUUCCAUAUACUCAUAACAAUUCGCUAAACGAGCUAUUCCACGAUAUAGGAAAAGGUGAAAUAAAAUACCAUGUUCAGAGGAAUUACUUCCUAACUGAAAUUACAAAAAAUAAGUCAAAUCGUUGCAUGGACUAUUUAUCGAAUGACGAUAUAAACUUUUUAAAAAAAUUUUUAAAAAAAGAUCCGAACGAAAGAUUCAACGAUGAAGAGGCUCUGAAACACAGCUGGCUACGCAACACGGACUACAAGUGCCUUGAAGUGUAUGCAAAGGAAGUUUAUAAAAAGAAGAAUAAAUUAUAG